GCUCAGAACCUCGGCAGUGCUGGGUUGCCGAAUUUUGGCGACAUCGAGACGUCUACCAUUGACAGACAUUCGAGUUUCAAGGACCUGGAGAACUCUGAGGAACCGAUAAUUAUUAAAGCGGAUACACAAGGCUUGCUGCAGCCCUCAGGAAAACCAAAUGCGGAUGGAACCAUACCGAAAACGGAGGGCAAAAAGGGCUUCGUGGCAUUCGAGGUCAAUCUUGAUGGUGUAGUGGAACCCACUCUUGACUCCUCCAGAAGGCAGCUUCCGAAGCGCCUCAAACACUUAGAACCGUUAGAAGGGGCUCCAAAACUAACUGCGGAAGAAUUAAAUGAAAAGCUGGAGAGAGCUGAACAAAAGAGGUUAAAGGAACAGGGUGAAGAAACUCCCUUGGAAUUUGAAAGAGAAGAAGCCGCUCAAGGGAGGACAAUUGAGACAGGCCGAAGCAACAAUUCCGAGAGUCAAGAAAACACCGAUAGUUCCGAUGCCAAUUCGCCUGUUCAAACGGAAGACAAGGAUGAGAUCACAAUUGAGCAGCCAGCCUUUGAAGUUCUGGACAACAAUAACAGCAAUAAUAAUGCCCAAGUCACCCCUAAGAAAGUCCUCGACCGUGCUAAAGGGGCCCCUACGCAACGACUCAUGAACCGACGAUCCACAGUCCAAAGGCCGCUACGAGGAAGCCACUCUAAAGAGCACGCGGCAGAGGAGGAGGAUCGAUGA